CUGCGGCUGCGCGGGGGGCCGGGCCGGGACAGGCCGUGCCGAGCCGAGCCGCCGCGGAAGGUGGACGGAGAGUACGGCGACAGCGGGACCCCGGCGGCGGGGAGUGCUCCGCCCUCGGAGCGCCCGCCCCGCCCCGCCGCCGCCUGCACGGGCUUGCACGUUACCCCCCCACCCCGUCCAGCCCCGGAGCCCGCCUGAUCCAGCCCCCCAGGCCGCCCGAGGCAGCGACCCCCGCCUCGCCCCAGGGGAGCAGCAGAGCGGCGAGGCGGGCGGUGGCGGCACGCCGCGCUCCGCGCCCCGCGGCAGGGCAGGGUUGUACCGGCGCCACACCCGGAGCUGCCGGAGACGGAGGGGGGGGCCCGGCCGCCCGGCGGCGGGUGGGUGCUGCAGCCCCGCCAGGAGCCGCCAGAGGCGCUGCGGCGCCGGGCGAGAGGCUGACGCUGAUUGGCUGCCGGGGCGCCUAUAUAAAGGCAGCGCAGGCGGCGCCCGGAUCUUUUCCGCCGCCAUUUUCUGUUGCGCGCGGGUCUCCGCUGUCUCCGCCGCUCGCCUGAGCAGCCCCGCCGCUCUCGCCCCGCCAUGGAGGACGCGACCGAGAUGAGCAGCGGCCAGGAGGAGUUCGCCGAGGGCUCCAAGAUCAACGCGAGCAAGAACCAGCAGGAUGACGGGAAAAUGUUUAUUGGAGGCCUCAGCUGGGACACCAGCAAGAAAGACUUGACAGAGUAUCUCUCUCGUUUUGGCGAGGUUGUGGACUGUACGAUUAAAACAGACCCGGUCACUGGGAGGUCGAGGGGGUUUGGGUUUGUGCUCUUCAAGGACGCUGCCAGUGUGGAGAAGGUGUUGGAACUGAAGGAACACAAACUGGAUGGGAAGUUAAUAGAUCCUAAACGGGCAAAAGCCUUAAAAGGGAAGGAGCCACCAAAAAAAGUGUUUGUUGGUGGGUUGAGUCCAGAUACAUCUGAAGAACAGAUAAAGGAGUACUUUGGUGCUUUUGGCGAGAUUGAAAACAUUGAGCUUCCCAUGGACACAAAGACAAAUGAAAGGAGAGGCUUCUGUUUUAUCACGUACACAGAUGAAGAGCCAGUAAAGAAGUUACUAGAAAGCAGAUACCAUCAAAUUGGUUCAGGCAAGUGUGAGAUCAAAGUAGCACAGCCCAAAGAGGUAUACAGGCAACAGCAGCAGCAGCAGAAAGGAGGAAAGAGCAAUACGACUGGUGGACGAGGAGGUGGAAGGGGGCGUGGACGAGGUCAGGGACAAAACUGGAAUCAAGGAUUUAAUAACUACUAUGAUCAAGGAUAUGGGAACUACAAUAGUGCUUACAGUGAUCAAAGCUACAGUGGCUAUGGAGGCUAUGACUACUCCGGGUACAACUAUCCCAAUUACGGAUAUGGGCCAGGAUACACAGAUUACAGUGGUCAGCAAAGCACAUACGGAAAGGCGUCCCGUGGUGGCGGCAAUCACCAAAACAACUACCAGCCGUACUGAAGCAGUAUUUAGUACUUGAGGAAACAGGUAGAGAUACUGCAACAAAGCCAUCGUGCAGCGCAUCGUGAGUGAAUGGAGGGUGGUCUUCGUGAGAGGAAAUGACUAUUUUGUAAAAGACUUUUAGUGUACGACACGUAACUGUGUCCAACUGUACAUAGUGGCCAGCUCGUUUUCUUUUAUGAUUUUUACUUUCUUUUUGCCAUUCAUGUCAUGACAUAAUGUGGGCUUGUGUUUAUACAAACUUUUAUUUGUAUAAUUUCAUGUUAAAGGGUUCUCUAAUAAAUGCUUACUUAAGUGAG